AUGACUGUUGAAGGGAGUAUGUUCAUCUUCAUUUUAUUGUGCUUUUUCGUGACUGUUGAUUCAUAUAAAAUACUGGUAUUCUCUCCAAUAAUCAGUCGAUCUCAUAUGAUCUCAAAUGGACGAAUAGCUGAUGAACUGGCUAUGGCCGGCCACGAUGUGGGUUUUCUGGAAGCAGCAUUUAAUGAGAUUUCUGUGCUUCGAGAGCACCAAGAGAUCCUGAAGUAUAGCAGAGCGUACAUUAAGCUAUGCGAUGAUCUUUUGAGUCGGAAAGAAGUAAUGGAAUACCUACGAGGAGAAAAAUUCGACGCGUACUUUGGUGAACACAUAAACCUAUGCGGAAAUGGAAUGGCUUAUGUGUUAGGGAUCAAAUCUCAUUUUUUGGUGUCCAGUUGCCCAAUCAGCGAUUAUAUGGCUUGGAUAUUGGGAAUGACUCAACCCUCGUCCUACAUCCCUUCGUUGAUUGGCAUGGACAUCACGCACAGACCAACUUAUUUUGAAAGGAUACAGAACGUCUGGGCCACAGCCGUGUUUAUUUAUUACACGCACAAAACUGCUCGUGAAACUACCGAAGUGUUCCGACGAAGAUACGGUGCAAACUUUCCGAAUUUGGAGGACAUUGCUGCAGACUCUGACUUGGUAUUCGUGUCGACGGAUGAGUUCGUUGAUAUGCCUCGCCCUACCCUUCCUAACCUAGUUCACAUUGGAGGACUAGGACAAGACGACUCUUCAGGAAAUGGAGGAUUGGAUAAGACUUUCUCCGAGCAAAUGGAAAAGGGUUCAAAAGGCGUAGUUUACUUUUCGCUAGGAACUGUCGUCAACACGUCAUCGUUGCCAGCUUUUGCAAUGAGAGCUGUGAUGGAGGCGGCAAGACAAACUCCUGAUUAUCAUUUCAUACUGGCUGUAGACCACUAUGAUCAGGUGAGUAACACCACAUGGAAGGACAAGUGA